GUUCUACGGAGAUGCAGUUACGGCGAAGAACUGCACAGAAUGUUCCUGCGACAAAUGUGGAUCGGCGUCAUGUGACAAUGUCGAUGGCAGAUGUUGACCAUUGGGGUUUUUCGCGCUGUGCUGGUUGUUAUCCUUGUCAUUGUGGCAUCGCAUCGUCUUCUACGCAGUGUCAUCCAGAAACUGGUCAGUGCUCCUGUCGACCUGGAGCAACGGGAUUGCGAUGUGAGCAUUGCGAACAUGGAUUCUGGAAUUAUGGCGAAUAUGGAUGUCAGAAAUGCGACUGUGAAGCUGAUCUGUCAAUGGGAACGGUGUGUGAUGUACGCACCGGACAGUGUCAUUGUCAAGAAGGAGCCACAGGAGCUCGAUGUGAUCAAUGCCUGAAAUCGUACCUGAGGAUUCCCACUUACGGAUGUCGUCGUUGUGACGAAUGUGUUCAUCAUCUUGUAGCCGACGUAGAUAGUCUUGGAAUCGAUAUUCGACAUCUGAAUACAUCGAUUGGAAAUAUUUCCUCAGCAACUGUUGUUGGAGCGAGACUCAGUCGUAAUUCCAAGAAUGUGAUAAAGUACACGGAAGUAGCUGAACUUCUUUCCGGACAGGAGUACAACAAUUUCAUCGGUGAUGCACGUUCAACCCUCACAAAUCUGUCUUUAUUGUUUAAUUCUGCAGAAAGGACUCUAGCUGUAACAGGUAAAGAUGUGGAACGGAUAAUGAAUCUGACGGAUUCUGCAGGUGAAAUUCUUCAAGAUAUCCGAAGACGAGCAGCUGAUGCCUCUGGAUCAGUUGAUUUAGCGAAAAAUCUAGUGGUUUCGCUCGGAAGUCACUCAACGGCGUUAGUUAUCGAUCCGAUAUGGUUGAAGAAUGCUGAAGAUACUCUACAUGAACAGGAAGCGAUGACAGCUGGAGGUGCUCCAGCACUAGUUACGAAGGUUUCGGCGCAAAUCGCAGAGCUGGAAGGAAAACGAAAAGAGCGCAGUGGAGCCAUAAAAAACCUUACCAAGAAAAUGGAAUCUGUUCAGAGAAAGAAUAAUAAGUUUGCCGACUACCUGAGUAAUACGCAAAUGUUACUGAAGGAGUCUCGAUUGAAUUCGGAUCAAUCGCAUGAUAUAGCCACUCGGUUGUCUACGUUGAAACUAGAAGGCCUAAUAAAAGCCUUAUUGGAUGGGCGCGACAAAGCUGUUGAUGAACGUGCAACUGUUAGUGGAAUACUGCUGGAGGUGAAAAAUCUUACUGAGCAAGCGAAGGAUGCGCUUGAAGCAGUUGGAAAUUCAAUGACAAAUCUGGCAGAGGUUCGUGCCGAACUUGCUGAAGCCACAGAGACGAAGAGAGGAAAGCGUCAUGCAGUGUUUGAUAAGAAGGCAGUAAACUUGAAAGUUGAAGAACUUGAAUCGGAAGCGCUAAAUCUGAAGGAAACAUUUGGUACCGCUCGAAUGGAAUCUCAGAAUGCUGUCGAGGCUGCUACAGCAUACGGCAACCUCACACAUACUCUAACUAAUGCUCGUGAAAUGGCCGAAUGGAGUAACAAUGAGAUUUCAAAGUUGAGCGAGGGUUUACGCGAAAAUAAAGAUCGUGUUAAAGAAGCCUUGAAUAGUUCGGCUUUAUUACUUCAUCAGACAUCAACUUUGCAACAGAAGACUCUAAGUGCUUUAGAAAAAGAGGCAUCCGUGACCAAUAAGAAGGUUGAUAGUUUGUCUACAAUGGUAGACGGAAUGCGUCGUAGUGUUGAUGUAAUUAGGUUGUCCCUCACGUCGCCAUUAAACGAGUCCACAUUUGCCGGUAUCGAAACUGCUGCAAAUAACGUGAACAAUAUUCUUGCAGACUCUAAUAAUGCUCUGGCGACGUCAAGAGAUAACCUAGCCCAGUUGAAGACAGCAACAGAUGUGGCGGUUUCAGAUGCUACAGAGGCAGUACAAGGCAUUAAAAAGACAAGAAGCAACGUUAAAGAGCUGUCCACAUUAGUUCCACAUCUGAUGACGUCCUUCGAAAACAUGCGACAGAUGGCUGGCAAUCGUACUGCCAAAGUGGAGUCGUGUUCGGAUAAAUUAGCGGCUCUAAAGGAGUUGAUUGCGAUUAAACUUGGAGCACAUUUCGAACGUGGAAGCUCUCUUGACCUUGCGAUGCCUCAUAAAGUUGCGAGAUCUGCUGCAUAUACGGAUAUUUCCUUCUAUUUUCGUACAGAAAAAGAUCAUGGUAUUCCGUUGUUCUUCGGCAACGAAGAGGGAUCUGCUGGAACACGUGCAGUACCUACAGACGACUAUAUCGCUGUAGAAAUCGAAAAUGGUCGACCGAAAGUUAUCAUUGAUCUGGGCGAAAAACCUCUCGUCAUCAGACUAAGCACGCAAGUUAAGGAGACGAAGACAGGUGUAGCAGACGGUGACAAAAGUGUUCUGAAUCUGCAUCAAACCAUGAGUCGGCUGUAUGUUGGAGGGAUUCCUGUCGGAAGCAAGAUAGCAAGGGAAGUUCGAAAUCGCCACUUUGAAGGCGAUAUUGAAGACUUGAAUCUUCAUGGCGAGCCGGUUGGUCUGUGGAAUGCGAAGACCGGAGGAGCUAUAAAUGUACGAGGCGUUGCUCCACGUCCAGGAACAAAGGAAUUAACUGUGCAGUCAGGCAUUUCACUAAAUGGGGACGGUUAUUUAAUAUACCAAAUGGGAUAUUGGAAUCCGCGUAAACGAGCCGUUUUCUCAUUGUCGUUCCUCACUUUCUCACCAGAUGGUUUACUGUUUUUUAUUGGAAAAGAUCGCGAUUUCUUUGCUGUGGAAUUGUCAGCAGGCGCUGUUAAGUUAUCUCUGGACUUCGGAUCCGGUGUAGCACAGUGGCUUGCCGAUACUGUAAUCUAUAAUGACGGAAAGUGGCAUAGCUUAGAUAUAGCGAGAGAUGGGCGGCAUAUUAAAAUGAAUGUCGAUGGCAUUACGGUGAAUUUUGAAGGCCCUAAUUUCUUUUCCAAUUUAUCAGUGGUCGGAGGUGACGCACCAGGAGAGAUGUCUGAAUUAAGCGUCUCCGAAUACUUGUAUAUUGGAGGCACACCGGCUGGUGUUAAUACGCGCUCCACUAUCGAACCGUUCCGUGGUUGUAUCAAAUCUGUUCGUUUGGGUUCGGAUGAAAUAAAUUUGUAUGCGAGUUACGCAAGUAAAGGUGUUAGAAACGCAUGUGCAUUAAGGACUGUGAACACGGGUACGUUACUGCAGGUGUCAAUUUUAUCCGACCGCUCAUCAGCGGUUUUCGAGAAUAUCACAGCCGCUGAUGAAUUGAACGUGUCUUUGCGUUUCAAAACUCGUCGUUCCACGGGUGUAUUGCUGACAAUACAAUCUGAUGAAGACGAUCUACUUGCGUUGAGAAUCGAAGAUGGCAUGCUUGUGGCGUUCGCUGGUGAUGAUAAGGCUUCGCUAGAUAUGACUUCAGCUGCAGACGAACAAUGGCAUUAUGUGUCCGUACGUAAAACCAAGGAGACUUUACGUGUCGAUGUUGAUGAUUUGCACUCGAAAGAAGUCCGAAGGAGUAAUGGCGAUGAUGUGUCACCAGGCGAGGUAGUGAAAAUCCUCUUUGGCCGUCACGGUACAUCUUCGUUCGUGGGGUGUAUUGGUGAUGUAUCAUACAGCGGUGAACUGCUAGACUUUACUAAGGCAAAUGUUCAUGAGGUGUCAUUAAUUGGAUGUUCGCUAGCCGCUGAUGUUGUUAAAACAACCAUCUCACCAUCGUAUGCACCUUCUAUCGCGGGAUCUGAGCAGCCGGACACUCUGGCGACGGGCGUAGUGACAACUGUUGUUGCAUCUACAGAAGUAUUGCCUGUUCCUGAGAGUGCUUGUGCAUUGCGUACAGAACCUCGCUCCGCACAUAGUGAAGACAGCGAUGGAAGUCGAUUUGGACUUCUACCGAACAGUCGCUUGGAGUACGAGGUGGUGCCGGAUUCGUUCGACAAGAGUGGAACAUUCUCCCUACGACUUCGCCCAACAUCUUCAAAUGGAGUGAUUCUGUUUGCAACAAAUGACAAGCACACGGACCAUAUCGGAUUGUUCUUGCUAAAUGGACGUCUUUUAUUGUCAUUUGAUACUGGAUCUGGCCAGACCAUAAUCCGCUCGAAUCGUUCAAUUCUUAACGGCGCAUGGCACUCGGUGAGGGCUUCUCGUCGAGGCAACGAGGGCUUUCUUGUGGUGGACGAAGAGUCAGCAGAAGCGGAGGUGUCAGCUGGCACUGACUCCAUUGACACUCAACCUCCUCUGUAUCUUGGUGGAAUACCAAAUGAACUAGCUAGUUACGCGAGAAUGAUUGUACCGAAAUUUGACAUGGUGGCUCGCGAGCACGGAGUUGGCGAAUGCAAGUCCAGAACUGAAAGCGGACUAUACUUUGGAAAGGAAGGCGGUUAUGCCAUCCUUAAAAAAGAGUUCCAGGUAGGACAAUUGUUCUCAGCAGAAAUGGAAGUGCGGCCACGUACGCAAAAUGGCUUAUUGUUUUCCGUUGGAGUCGUCGAGUACCUUACCGUACAGAUUCUCGGUGGUUCCAUAAAAUUCACUGUCGAUAGCGGUGCAGGAGCUGAGAAUCUCACCUACACUCCUUCAGCUGCAAAUGUGCUAUGUGAUGGACAUUGGCACUCGAUAAAAAUCAUGAAAAAGAAGAAUCUUAUGACAUUGACAGUGGACGGAAAAAGCAAUCUGAAUAUAAUGAAGAAGAGUAGGAAACCAGAGACGGUGACAAAAGAUCCUAUUUAUUUGGGUGGUGUGCCAGAAUCUGUUGUCAGCAAGGGGAUAGAGACUAGAGAACCUUAUGUGGGUUGUAUGCGCAUAAUGAGCUUGGGAACUAGUAAGAAGGACAAAUCUAGAAAGAAGAAACAACUCGAUGUGUCCAAAUUAGACAUUUACGGAGAUGUCAACAAGCAAGAAUGUUAUUUGGACUGA